AUGGGUCGUUCUGUCGUCGCUGCCGUUUGUGUCACUUUAUCUGACCAAGGAACCGUCCCCCUGGCGCCAGAACAUCUCAGUCAGACUCAAAGUGUUUCAAUGUGAUAAGUUCAAACAAAACACGAAUUCACGAGUAGCCUGAGCUUUUCUUAUCAAGGCACUGGGAGGUGCCAACUCUGCUCUCUCUAAAUUGUCCUUACACGGUGACUUUUUGAUCGUCCCCACAAUCCUGUAUGUUGGCUCAGAGCAAUGGAUUAAAACAUGUUUUAAUCCAUUGCUCUGUGUUGGCUGUUAUUGAAACAAUUUGCUCUGCUUGUUUACAUCGCAUACAGCCUUGAAUUAAAAUUCCACAUUGAGUUAUAUCGUCGAAAGAGAGUGAAUUAGGUUUAAAGUGUGUUCUUCACUGCGCAACACCAUUACAGCAAGUGCACAGUGGUCUGUCGUUUGCUAGGGCGCUUACCUAUUUACAUAGCAGAAGCGUCGCGUGGGUGGAGUGCGGGGGAAGUUGUGGGGAGUGCGUCAAAUAACACGCAUGCGCACUACAAUACCGGCGACGGCUGUACAAACGGUGGCCUAGCGAAUAAGGGGAUUACAGAGCCCAAUUUGACAGGUCAGUAUAUAUUACUCAUUUGCGACGAAUUCGUAUAAAGUAACGCUUGAAUUUCAGAAUUUAACUUAAACAAUUUUGUUGGCGGUAUUUCGAAAUUAUUGAGAACGUCAACGUUGUGUUUCAAGACUGUCGUUAGCUUAUUCGGCUACCUGUGUUAGCUUCAGGAGCAGUUAGUGCUAACGACGGAAUAUGACAUUAGCCUCCUGGAUGAAUUAGUUAAGCCCUAAUGAUGACCUGUUUAAUUCACUUGAUUUUAUGUUAUGAUUUCAUAUUUUGUCAAUCGAGGGGCGCAAACACGACAAUAUUUUAAGAGAUAACAUGGGUUGCUGUUGAUUAAUCCCGUAGUGUCAAGAGGCACAAAGCUAACUAGCUAACUUGUAUCCUCAGAUGCCCCGUUUGUUGGACUGUAACACUGUAUUUAAAUGCUGCUGUUUAAGUUAAAUCAGCUCCCAAAAGUUAGUUUUGAUCUUAAGCUGCCUUAGUUGGAGGUUUUCUGUGUGAAACAGGUGAAUCCUGUCAGAAAUAGCAAUACACUUCAGUGUAAAGACAUAUAAAUCGCACAGUAAUGCACCAGAAUGGGAUUCUGUCAUCCAUCAGCACAGUCAUCCAGGCUGGGGAGGUAAACAGUUAUCCAACAGUCUGGUCAUGGUCUGUAUCUUUGCUGUUUCUGUAUCACCUCAGGCUACACAAUGAGUCAGGGUAAGGACAAUGCUCGACUCAAGAGCUACAAGAACAAGUCCCUCAACACAGAUGAGAUGAGACGACGAAGGGAAGAGGAAGGCCUACAGCUCCGCAAACAGAAGAAGGAUGAACAGGUGAGCAGCAUAACAGAGGUCUCUGUUGAUACUCAUUAUCGAGACCAGUGGUUCUCAAGUCCAGUCCUCGAGGCCCACUGUCCUGCAUGUUUUGGAAGUUUCCCUGCUCCAACACACCUGAUUCAAAUGAUGAGCUCAUUAUCAAGCUCUGUAAUGGCUUAUUAACGAGCUAAUCAUUUGAAUCAGGUGUGUUGGAGCAGGGAAACUUCCAAAACAUGCAGGACAGGGGGCCUUGAGGACUGGACUUGAGAACCACUGAUCUAGACUAAAUAGACAUCGAAUUGAAGGCAGAUUGCAGGCCAUAGUCAAACUUGAACUAACUGAGAGUUUCUUGAAGAGAGAGUCAUCAUAAGAAGACCAAAUCCUUGCAUUUAAAACCUUUUCUGUUGCAGCUUUUCAAGAGGAGGAAUGUUGCCACAGUGGAAGAUGAUGGCCUCCCUGAGGAAGAUGGAAUGGCUGAUAGCGGCUACCUGGAGUCCCAGGCUAACAACAUGGACCCACUUAUGGUGAGGAGGGAAACAUUUAUCCAGCUAGUCUGUGACACUAAUAAAAAGAAAUAUGCUAUGUACCUGUCAAAUGUUUAAAAAAUCCAUCUAUGUGCUGAACAGGGUGGGGUUAUUUCUGAGGAUAUGACACAGAUGAUCUUCUCCAGCUCUCCUGAGCAGCAGCUAAUAGGCACUCAGCGCUUUAGGAAACUCCUCUCUAAAGGUAAGGGUGCCUGGAUGACUAUUAUUAUUCCUUAAGGAUACUUUUCCUUGGUGGUGCCUGGCUGUGCACUUGACUUUUCACAAUUUUCCUCGAUUUUAUGCUCAUACUAUUCAAGAUUUUUGUUAUAUGGACUGUUAUCUAUGUUUCUCUCUCUUAUAGGAAAAAAUAUAUAUAUAUCCUCACCUCCAGUAUGAAAAAGCAUUUUCUCGUUCAGCUGAACUAGAUUUUUUUUGUUUUUGUUUUGUUUUUUGUAAACAUAAUGCUAUUAAAGGUGUUUCUGUAUUUAUUUAUUUAUUUAUUUUUAAUUUUUUUUGUCUAUUCAUCCCGUCUCACACAGAACCCAACCCACCCAUUGAUGAAGUCAUUGCUACUCCAGGUGUGGUGGAGCGCUUUGUUGAGUUCCUGAAGAGAAGAGAAAACUGCACAUUGCAGGUACGUUUUCCCCCAGCUGUAGAGCAGGUGUGCUGAUGCUGACUAAACAAGGCUGUCUUAAGGCUGCUUUUCUUUCUGUCAGUUUUUUCUUUUGUUAUCAUGACCGCUUGAUGCUGUAACAAUGAUUUAGAAAGUGAAACAAGUGAAACCCAUUCAUAACUGUUGAAAUUGAAUGAUCAAAACAUGUCUUAAACAAAUGUAUUUACAUUCCUCUUUUAGUUUGAGGCUGCAUGGGUUUUGACCAACAUUGCAUCAGGAACAUCCCAUCAGACCCGGGUGGUAAUCCAGGCUGGAGCUGUGCCCAUUUUCAUAGAGAUGCUCAGCUCUGAUUUUGAAGAUGUCCAAGAACAGGUAAAGGGAAUUCAGCCAACCACAGUUUUGUCAGGUCAUCAUGUCCCAGACAGUCACUUGAGCCCCUUUCUUAAAUAAGAUUUGAUUUGAAUAACCACUUAUUUUGUAAACCUGGCAACAAGUCUUGAAUAAAUCUUGGUUGCUCACUGACUGACCUAAAUCACUGUUUGGCUCCUAAGGCGGUGUGGGCCCUUGGGAACAUCGCAGGAGAUAGCACAGAAUGCAGAGACUUUGUCAUAGACUGCAACAUCCUGCCUUCCCUGGUGCAGUAAGUAACCACUUGGCUGUGGUGUCUAACUCCUACAUCAUCUCAUGACAUUUGAAAAAUAAAGAGCAACUCUGAUCCUGCAUCCUCGAUGUAACGUACUUGUUCUUCUGCAGGUUGUUGGCCAAACAGAAUCGCCUAACGAUGAUGAGGAAUGCAGUGUGGGCGCUCUCAAACCUGUGCAGAGGAAAGAACCCACCUCCAGACUUCACUAAGGUAAUUUGCCAAGAUAAACAUAUCGCUAUAGCAACAGCAGCCUUCUCACACUGUUCAAGUGUAUCAUGUCUCACUUUAACAGGGUUAAAAGUUGCUGAGUGAAGUUGACUAUAUCUAAAAGAGAUCAUUCUUGAAGUGACUUUAAGCCAACAAGUUUGUUCUAACUGUAUCUCUGUGUUCUAAAUUACCCUCCAGGUGUCCCCGUGUCUUAGCGUGCUGUCUUGGUUGCUGUUUGUCAAUGACACAGACAUCCUGGCUGAUGCAUGCUGGGCACUUUCCUACCUAUCUGAUGGCCCCAACGAUAAAAUCCAGGCUGUUAUUGACUCAGGAGUUUGUCGCAGGCUGGUGGAGCUACUGAUGUAAGGCUUUAAAUAUUUACUGUAUAAUGAAGAUUUUCUAAAAGAUCACACAACUGCGGUUUGAGAAGAGCUUUUUGUUGUCAGCCACAGAAAGUCCUGCGGCUAUCAUUUGUUAGUGUUACAUUUGGAGCUGAAAACAAGAUCUGGAUGUGUUGAAAAAGUUCCCAGACAGAAUUCAAGGUUUAAGAAUGUAUAACCAGAAAAAGUGAGGAAAGUCGUGUAAAAAAAGCUCAAGAAAAUCACUGCUAAAUUACCAACACAGUGAAGCAUAUAUCAGAUAUAUUCAUUUCUUAGACUGGAGAGAAAAUAUGUUUUUAUAUGCUUUUCUCCUGAUUCCAUUCUUCUACAGUUUUUUGGAUGCCGAUUUGAUUUAAAUUGUGAUUCUACGAUAUUUUCGAUUUUCUCAAUUUUCAGUCUGCAAUUUUAACACCAGUGAAACAGUUGAAUGAUUAUGAUUGUCUACUGACUAUUCAACGAACCAUUUUUCCCCAAAAAAGACACAUCACAUGUUAGUCAGUUUUUAAGAAUUCUCCUUAAAUUUGAACAAAAAAAAUGGUUAAAAAUUGUUAAACAAAAAAUUGCAAUACUUAUGUGAAGUGAUUUUUUUUUUUCCUACCUCUAGGUCAUAUCAGUAUUCAAGUACAGAAACAAUGCUUUAGCAGCUUAACAGUAUUAUGUGCAAUACAGCAAUUCAUACACCAUUAUAUAUCAUGUUCAUACCUUUUUUAUCCCACCGACCUAUCCUCCAUUUCAUACAGUCACACUCAGCACCUUUGUAAAUAUUGUACUUUUGUUACUAUUUCUCUUGUACUUUUAUUCGCCUUUAAUAUUUUUUUGCAUCUUUAUUUUAUUGUUUCCCUCAAAGUACUUAUUGUGUGUUUUUAUCUGUUUUCUUUUGAGUCGAGCAGUCCUCUCAUCCAGGGCAUGUCAUUGCACUGUUGACCUUGUUUAACAUCCACAUGACAAAUAAAAAAAUCUUGAAUCUUAUGUUGUGCUUUUUGUAGGCAUGCUGAUUAUAAGGUGGUAUCUCCAGCACUGCGAGCUGUUGGGAACAUAGUCACAGGAGAUGAUCUACAGACACAGGUGAAAGCAUGAGUGAACAUAUAAAAUUGACAUUUUCAGCAAAGGUCAUCGAAUACUAAGAGACAAAUAUUCUGUGUAAAUUGUUUGCAUGUCCAGGUGAUUUUGAACUGCUCAGCACUGCAGUCCCUUCUUCAUCUAUUGGGCAGCCCAAAGGAAUCAAUUAAGAAGGAGGCCUGCUGGACCAUCUCCAACAUCACCGCAGGGAACCGAGCACAAAUACAGGUGUGCAUACUGUAUGGGUAACCACAGAAGUGUUUUCUUAAAAAGCUAAAAGGUUUCCCCUUCUAAUUGUUUUUUUUCUCUCUUUGUAGAUGGUGAUGGAUGCAGGUCUACUGCCCCCUCUCAUCACUAUCCUGCAGGUAGCAGAGUUUCGCACAAGGAAGGAGGCGGCCUGGGCCAUUACCAACGCCACCUCAGGGGGCUCUGCAGAGCAGAUCAGGUAAGACCGCAGUGAUUUUAGGUGAAUGUAUGAGUCGAAAUGUGGGUUUUUAAGCUGACUGAAACGGGUGAAUUGCAGAAAAGGCUCUCAAAACAACUCGGUCGUCCUCUAGCUGAUUAUACUGUUUUUCUGUUCAUGCAGGUGAGGUUGUUGAUAAUAUCUGUGUUUGUAGCCAAAUAAAUGUAAUUUUCUUUGCAGGCACCUCGUGGAGCUGGGUUGUAUAAAACCUCUGUGUGACCUGCUCACACUCAUGGACUCCAAGAUAGUUCAGGUGGCUCUGAAUGGCAUUGAGAACAUCCUGCGACUGGGAGAACUGGAGGCCAAGAGGGGCGGAGGCAUCAACCCAUACUGUGCACUCAUUGAGGAGGCCUAUGGUGAAUGGACACACACACACACACACACACACACACAGACAAAUAAAAAAAAGGGUAUUUAAGCAGUUCCUAAUUUACCCACCUGACUGACUCAUGUUCAAAACAGCAAACAGACUGUAGACUCUAACUGUUUAUAGCUUGAUAUAUAGAUUUAUUUUGAAUCAUCUCCGUCCUCUCUUUCAGGUUUGGACAAGCUGGAGUUCCUGCAGGGCCACGAGAACCAGGAGAUUUACCAGAAAGCCUUCGACCUGAUCGAGCGCUACUUUAACACAGAGGAUGAGGACCCGUCUCUGGCCCCGGCUGUUGACCUGCAGCAGCAGCAGUUCCUCUUCCAGCAGUGCGAGGCCCCGAUGGAAGGCUUCCAGCUAUAAUACACAAUCCUCCCUUUCUCUGGGCUCCACCCUCAUCCUCACCUCUGCUCAUUUCUCUCACUCUCUGCCCACUAUCGUUGUCAAAGGUCACGACAACGCGGGAGACCCUCGGCUCCCUCCCUCCUCCUCCUUCCUUCCCUUACUCAUCGUCAGAGAGAUUGAUUUAAUCAUGAUCAUGAUUAUGAAAAGUGUAACAUCACGGGAGCACGUGUGUGCACGUACGUCCGGCGUGGGUCAAGUUCUGCAGUCCUGUCAGCCAGUUUGUGAAGGUUUUGCUCAUCAUUCUGUUGCGCGCUGAGCCCAGCUCUGUUCUGCGCCUGAGUUCCACCUACCUGCUAAGGCCCCAGCAUCUCUUACGAGCGAAUUCUCUGUAACACCACCCCGAGUUUUACUUUAUGGGUUUCCUUUUCAGCUCCGUGUUCCUGUAGGAUCUUAUCUCUGAUUAACCAGGAGUUUGUAAGACUGCACUGCUUGUCUGAUUGAAGCAUUUAUGACGCAAGACAGACAAACAUGGACAUGAUUUUGACCCCCUCUUAAGCACAUGCCCACACACGCAGACACACAUACACACAUAUAGAAGAAUGAUCUUACCUAAACACUGGACUGACCACAAGGCGCUGACAACACCUUUGACCAUGGGAGUCCCACCCCUAAGGACUCAGUUGACCUCUACAAAAGGCACUUAAAUGACUCAAAAAUGGAGGUUGAAUUCCCUCACCUUCUCUCUCCAGCCAUUGGACAAGUGACCACAAAUGGACAAACUAGAAAAAAAAAGACUGUAUUACAGAGGGGUGGAGCUUGUUAGUGGCAAAACCAGGCUGCUCAUGUUCCCUCCUGGAUUUCAUAUCAUGCAUUCCUUUAUCCAGCAACGGGACUCUCCACCUGCAUAGGCUCCAUCCAGAAGAGCUUAGACUGCCUCCUGCCUCUGGUGUGAUGUGAAUUUAAAAACCCCAUGGAACCAUGGGAAUUGGAGUCUUCCCUCGCACUGAGACAAAUGGACAGACUUGGACGAGACUAAACAAGACUAUUAAACCCUGGAAUCUGUCCAGCAGCAGAUGGGUGGGAAUUUUUAUUAUCUUUCCAUACUUUUCAUUUCAUUUGCAGCACUUUAGUUCAAGACUGACGCCUGCUCUUCGAGAAUAAACCGUAGUUUUUACAUUUAACUAUUUAAUUGGUCAACAAUGCCGCUCUUCCAUCCUCAGGAAGUGAAGCGUGAAGAGGUUGGUCUGAAUUCUCAGCUCCCUCCUGGUAUGACAAUGAUACCUUCUCAGUUGACCCCUCCUACAAAAGGGACUCAAACAGUUUGUGGACUGAAACUGUUGGCACACUAAUAACAAUCCGAUGAUCACUCUGCCUCAGCAAAGCUAGAAGAACUUUAUUGUGACUAGGUAAAUGGACUCUUUCGGAAAUUUAGCUGCGAGCAGUCAAAAAAACUUUACAACUUCUCUUCAUGUAGAAUUUUCCAAUUUGAACAUGCCAAGUCAUCCACGCAUAUUCGAGCUUUAGGAUCUAAAGUUGGGUCUUUUUCAAAAAAAAAAAAACAAUGUUCUUUUUGUUGGGGUUAGCAUCUGUCAUGUUGCUGAUGGUGCCAUAAUCCAUAUUCAACAGAAGUCCUUCCAGAUAAUUUCAACAGAAAUCCAGAUUAUAAACUUGAAAAUACUGGUGAUCACCUUAGCUAGCAGAACUGAAUGUUUGUUUACCAAGUUCUCUUUACAUCGCUUAUUUUGUCAAAAUCUCUGCAAGAGAUGACCAGCUCUACAUGUUAAUUACUGUUUGUUGUACUGAGUUUGUGCAGCUGUCCCCUGUUAUGCCAUUUGCAUAAAAGCCGUUUCAUGAACCAAUGAAUCUGUUUCAUUGAAGUUAGUUUACAGACUGGACCUUAUUGGUAAGUAUUUGUUUUGAUGAUGACAGUGAACAGGAUGGAAGAAGUGGUGGAAAAUUGUGCUUCAUUUCACUAUCAAUCCUCUUUUUGAUCCAGAAAUAAUUAAAAAGGCUGAUGUUAAGUUCCAAGAAGCCGAGGCUUUCUAUUUAAUUACCUUUUCUGUCAGACUCACAACCUUGCAGGUAACUAGUCUGACUGGAAAGACCACUAAAUAUUCACAAGAGUGAUUUUUUUUGUGUGUGUGCUUGAAAAUAACAUUCAGUAUUACGACAUUUCUGCCAGAUGCUACUCUUCAUGCUCAUCACAAGAGGAAAACACUUUCUGUAUUUUCAGCAUUUAUGAAAAGUAACUGAUCUUAAUCCUUCAGCUUUCAAUCUGCAUAAUAAAUGAACACAUUUCAGCUGUUUAAAUCA